ACGUAUUGGACAAGCUGCUACCCCCAAGUGGGAACAACGUUUUCAUCGACCAACCAACAUGGGCCAGAGGAAGUCUAAAAUCGAGGCAAAGCCGGUCAACCCUAAACUCUUCCAACGUCUCUCCACUAGGAACUUGUUGUUUGACAACGUUGGAGAAGAGAAGUAUUCGGACUAUGAUUUUCCCUUUGAGAACCUGGUGUUUGAGGGAGGUGGCACGCGGGGACUGGCAUAUGUUGGUGCCGUAAGGGUACUGGAAGAAGCGGGUGUUAUGAGAAAAGUGAAGCGGUUCGCAGGAGCCAGCGCGGGCGCCAUGAUGGCCGCCAUGUUAGCUCUCGGCUUCAACUCACAGGAGAUCGAAGACUUCCUACAAGUCGACCUUAGCAAGGAAAUACUAGAUCACUCCUGUGGCUACUGUAGUCUUCUCCCGAACAUACUGAAAGGAUACGGAUGGAAUCCUGGGCACGGGCUGAUGGCGUGGUUUGGGAAAAUGUUACAAGAACACACCGGGAACCCUGACCUGACGUUUUUAGAUAUGUACAAGAUGUUCGGUGUGGAGUUGUGUAUCGUCGUCACGAACGUGAAUCAGAUGGCUGAGGAGUACUGUCACGCCAAGACCACACCCGACAUGCCGAUCAGACUCGCCAUCAGAAUGUCUAUGUCAUUACCAGGUAUAUUCCAGGCGGUUGAACACAAGCACAAAGACUACAGCUACCAAGACUACUACAUAGACGGCGGCCUGUUGGUCAACUAUCCCAUUCACUGCUUCGACGGUUGGUGGCUGUCCAUGGACAACAAGGAUGCCUUCAUCAAUAGGCUAUUCCCGCUGGACAAACUCGCUCAACUUUUCGAGAAGACAGAAAGAUUCGGAACGCACAACCCGAAGUCACUGGGGAUGGUCUUGUUCAGUACGUUUGAUGUGGAGUUUAUGCACACAGAACUGUCCAAGAGGUUAGGCGACAAAAAGCCAGUCAGACCGAAAACAAAACUCUCAAAACAACGUACGAAGAAGCAGCACGAAAUGAACGAGGCAGCGCGGAACCACGACAUCGUGCACAGGGCAGUCAACAACUUCCUCACCGUGCUGGCAGAGAAUAACACCAACCGGGAUGACAAGAUAGAGAUGAGGGAACUGGAACAAGUCUUCAAGAAGAUGAGCCAGCCGGGUGCUCGCUUCACACAAGAGGACGCUGCAGUUCUGUUCGGAGACAGCGUGGAUCCUAUUGAAGUAUUCGCCGGUCUGGACAAAGAUAACAGCGGCUAUAUCACACACCAGGAACUGGUGGCGUUCUUGGAAGAGAGAGGGUUUAACUUCUUCACACAGUUCCUGGGGUACAAGCGGCGGCCCAUCAACUCACUAGGCGGCUUCCUGGAGACCAUCAUAGAGGCUGUCAUGAUCUACAUCAAGAGAGUCUACAUCGGGGAAAAAGAUGUGCACCGAACAAUCGGCAUAGACACGGACUAUCUCCCGGGUACCGACUGGAAGAUGGAAUCAGAUGAUAAAAAGUUUCUAAUUUCGCAAGGAGAAAGGGCUGCGAAGGCGUAUCUGCGGGAGUGGGUGAAGGUACACAAGCUGAGCAAAAUAACAGAGCCCGACCUGAACGACAUCACCGAGGAGGCUGAGACCCAGUCUAACACGGAGAGUAACUUGGCCCAGAGGAACCAGCGUAGCGCGUCCUCACAAUCCCGGUCUACGUCAUUUACCGACAUGGGUAUCAUCACUUCAAAACCCAAGAAGCCGAAAUAUCGAGUGUCGGUGAAAACCGGUGACGUUCAGUUCGCCGGCACCGACGCUGACGUCUACCUGGCGUUCUACGACGGCCACGGCAAGCGUUCACGUGACGUCAAACUCGACGUGAUCUGGCGUAACGACUUCGAACGUGGGAGCACCGAUGUGUUCAAACUGGGCGACCUGGGAUUGACCGGACCGAUUCUUCAGAUAGAGGUGUGGCGGGGGCCUCUUCCUGACGACUGGUACGUGGAGAAAGUGGAGAUAGAGAGAAUGGGAGAAGGAGAAACAGACGUGUUCCCGGUGCACAGGUGGAUCAGGAAGAACACGCGGCUGAAGCUGACGAGGUGGGACUCCCUCCUGCCGCAGUUCGACCCGAACAUCGAGCAGAGACGGCGGGAGUUGGAGGAGAUGAAGGCCGACUACGAACUCAUGGUGCCCCAGGAAGGGCUGCCUCCUAAGGUAAAGAAUCUGCCACCUGAUGAGGACUUUUCUGCUGACUAUAAGUGGAACGUUGCUAAGCGACGUGUAAACAUCCGGAUGCAGCAGAAGAUCAGCAGUCUGACCGCCGGAAGGUUCAAGACCCUGGAUGACCUGAGAGACGUGUACGACGGGGUUCUGGGAACACCUAGGGGCGUGGCAAACUGGCGGGAUGACCGAGAGUUCGGGAGGCAGCGUCUGUCUGGCUGUAACCCCAACAGGAUCGCACUGUGCACCGAGAUACCCAACAAUUUCGCAGUGACCGGUGAGAUGGUGGAGCCGUUCCUGGAAGGCCGCACCUUGGAUGACGCGCUGCAGGCCAGGAGAAUCUUCAUCGUCAACUACAAGGUCAUGGAGGACCUUGACCUUGAGACCUCAGAUGGCAGACAGCUGUGCUGUCCCAUGUGCCUGCUGUACAGGGACGUUAAUGAUGAUCUGUACCCCAUCGCGAUUCAGCUCUUCCAACAUGGCGAUCAGAAUCCGGUGUUCCUUCCAUCCGAUCCUCCUUACACCUGGCUUCUGGCUAAGAUGUGGUUCAACAAUGCAGACGCCUCCUUCCACCAGUCCACUACCCACAUCGGUCUGACUCAUCUCAUGGCCGAGCCCUUCGCGGUUUCUGCUAAAAGGCAGCUGUCACGGUCCCACCCACUAUACAAGCUCAUGGCGCCGCAUUUCAUAUUCCUCAUCCCCAUCAACUUUAAGGCGCUUGCCACUCUGAUGGCCCCCAAUGCUUGGGUGGACGAGAACAUGGGCAUCGGUAGACAGGGAACCUACAAUCUCAUCAAGAAAGUGUUGAAGGAAUGGCGUCUUGAUGUCCAAGGAACACUGCCAGCAGACUUAAAGGAUCGUGGGGUCGAUGACCCAGGCAUACUUCCUAGUUAUUACUUCCGGGAUGAUGCAAUCCUCCUGUUCAAUGCUAUCCACAAGUACAUCAAGAUGGUGGUAGAGGCAGUCUAUGAUGACCCAUCCAAGAUCACAGAAGACUAUGAACUUCAGGCCUGGGCGAAGGAGAUAGUUACACCAGCCGAGCAGGGAGGGUGUGGCAUGAAGGGUGUUUCUGGGAACGGAGAGUUCACGACGACAGACCAGAUCGUUGCGGUAGUGACAGCGGUUGUGUACAUCUGCAGUGCCGGGCACGCCGCUGCUAACUUCGCCCAGUAUGACGAGUACGGCUUCCCGCCUAACUACCCCGCCUACCUGCACGGGGAACCACCCAGGGACAAGGCACCGAGAACAGAGCAGGACAUCAUUGACCAGCUGCCGGACAAGAGUAAGACCCUGGAGAUGAUGGUCAUCACACGGAUGCUGAGUGACCGCAGUACGAAUGGCCUGGGCAGUUUCGAGGUGGAGUACAUGUAUGACCCUGUGGGCACACAGGCUGUGGCACAGUUCCGAAAAGACUUGGACGAGGUUCACGAAAUCAUCAAAGAGAGGAACAAGACCAGGAAACAGCCUUAUGUGUAUCUAGACCCACGGGAGGUCCCAAAUGCCAUCAGCAUCUAAAACAUGAUGAAAAUGUUAUUUUAUAAAGUAUAGGACUCAUAUACAUGUGUAUAGGACCAUAGUUGGACAAUGUACAGCUUUGAAUGCUGUACAUACAUCAUAUUAUUCACAUAAGAAAAUAAAAAUGCACUGAGUAUUUUAUACUUUAGUAUAAUAGUUCAGGCAGAACCGUAGACAUUACCUUUAGCCAUUAUAUAAAAUCUUUGUAUCUGGUCAUGUAAUUUCUAACUGAUGUGAUUUGUAAAUUGCAGUGCUAGUGAACAAAAUCAUGCUAAUCUGACUGGAUGGAUUUAGUUUGUAAGCUUCAAUCAUAAUAAAGAAAGUAUUAUGUAAUCUGAAAUUAUCAUUUCUUCCUGAAAUUCCAUAGACUGAUGUGAGAGUGUGAAUUGAAUAAUAUAUUACAUUCUACAACUGGAUCAGCAUAUUUCAAAUACAUAGUAAGAAGAAUAAUCAUAAUUACUUAUUAUUUGUCAGAUGAGAUUACUUUAUAAGCCAGUAAGACAUCAUAACAAACUUAAGUG